AUGGACAUCGCUGCACUCAACGAGAUCUGCUUCCCCGAACAACGCCAACUGGAAGAGGUGGGUGCCGGCUACACCUGGAGCUGUCGCCCAGAUGCAAAGCGACGUGACGCGGGCGUUUGUCUUUGAUAUCCGGAACGACAUCGUGGGAUGACCACCCUGUCUCCCGCAGGGCAGCAACGAUAAUGAUGAGCCUCCGCCUGCCUCUCCGGGCAGGCAAAUUUGGCACCAUCAUCAGCGUCCCGCCUUGCCUGCAGCUACACAGGAGACCUCAAGUUAAGCAACUACCAGGUAAGUUGAAUAUUGUUUUGUUUUAUGUGCCUACUCCCCACCUUCAUUUCAGCAGCGAGCUUGUUCAGCGUCUAGCCAGCCUUCCAGUUGCCGACGGGUAAGCCCCCGAGCAGAACCAGUGGUGCUAACUUCUCGACUAUGUCUUGACACCGAGCUCGGACUGGGGAGAAGAAGAGAGAGAGCGGUAGAUGCCAUUUGAGUCUAUUACCGCAAUAAAAUAAUUCAUGCGCAAGUUAUCGUGCCUACCCCACCUUGCUGUGGAGCACAUGGUGGACAUAGUUGACAAUGACGGUCGAACCGUCGCUUUUUUAGGAUUGAAAAGGUUUUUUCAAUCUGGACUCUUUGCAUUAAGGAAUAUCAUCGUACCGCUUUGCCUUGCAGCCCGAACCUUGCGAGCUCGUAAAUGGCUCACAAACCGCAAUAAAAACUACUGCCGUCAAAUAUGGAUAGGAAUUAAACCUAAUCCAUUGCCUCGUAUAUCAUCAGAGAAACACUUUGGUGUCCAGCAGCAAGUUUUUGCAUGCAUAGUUAUUAAAUAAAUACGUCAUAUUCGACAAAAUGUUUGCGACUCUGGAAUGCGGUAUUCAUCUCUCUGCUGGGGUAAGCGUUGCGGUUCUCUCGUCCUGUGAUUGUUUAUGACAUAUUGACAAGUAAUUCGGCGUCCAUUUUGUGUCUGAUACUUCUUUAUUUUCCAAGUUAUGCCAUUUAGGGUAUGCGUUAUGCUUAUAAAGGUGUAGUAACAUAUGUAUUAGUAUAAUUUCACUUAUGAUUUUGCGAAGAAUAUUGAAAGUACAAAUAUUUGUUGUCGUUGAGUAGUUAUUCGUUGCUAUGAAGCGUAAGUAUUACGGCUUUCACCGAAGCACUAUAUACAAGCGGCUCUUGCGCCAGAGGCGGGCAUAUUAUGCUGCUAUGGAGGAGCAACCCAUCGCAUCAACGUCUGCGGUUGCAAAUGAAUCACCGGAAUUGCAAAUGCCCGAAUUAAUGCCGGAAGUUUCAACGGGUAGGAGUUGUAUGUGCCUUAUUUACUGGAAUAUAUAGAACUGUCUGUAGUGGCUGGGACCGUGGACACAGUGGAAGGCAGAUGCUUUACGACGGAUUUGCGCGAAAUCUGUUUGAGGGCGAAAUUGUCGUUGAGCACAGCAAAUGAUUUGUUUCAGGUGCUGCGGCACUAUCAUCUGGAGCUACCCAACGACCCAAGGACGCUACUGCAGACGCCUCGAACUUGCGUUAGCAAGUCCCUGAAGAGAGGAAAAUACGUUCACCUGGGUCUCGAACGCGGCCUACUCGACGAAUUACGCCUUUGCCCACUAACGGGCCUUCCUGAAGUGCACGUUCAACUGCACACUGACGGAAUGAAAGUCUUUAAAGGGUCUGCUCAGUGCUUGUGGCCGAUCCUUGCUCGUGUUAACCGUCCCGUUGUUGGGCAGCCCUUUGUCGUUGGAGUGUUCUGCGGUUUUGGUAAGCCCGAACCGUUGGAAGACUUUCUGGGUGAUUGUGUUAGUGAACUGAAGGGCCUUCUCACCACGGGCCUGCGCGAUCCACGUACAGAAAGUGUCAUCAAAGUGGAUUUGCUCAAUGUGAUUUGCGAUACUCCAGCCCGCUGUUAUGUACGACAAGUGAAGGCCCACAAUGGCUACUAUUGAUGCGACAGGUACGCUAUUUUGUACUUGCAAUCGUAACUGCUGUAGAUGCUGUCCGGCUAGCGGCACUUGAGUAAGACUGUGAACAAUCUCCCUAACAAACUAUUAGGAAAAGGAACGAUUUCCUAGCUGAGCAACUUAUGGCUCUUCCUAGCAGUGCGCAGCAGAUGCAGGCAACACUAUCAGAUGUUGUCAAUGCAUUGCAGAGAGCCUCCAGCGCCGGUUCUGUCACAUACUCCUCCCUAAAUUUACCGCUGUGUACCGAGGAGGCAUAUGAAAACUUUCUUCGUUGGCUCAGCGUAGACGACGGUUUUGCAAACGAGGCGGUAUGUGCACAUCUACUUGACUGUUUUUAGAUCCGGCAACUGGCCAUGGUAGGUGGUCGAAAUGAGGCAGACUUCCUCAGAAACCUACUGACGGUUCUAUUGGGCCCGCCCUUAUGCCACAACUUCUGUUGGGCGGGCGGAUCCAAGGAGAAGAAGUCCUUCAUGGCCUGUCCACUUUUUCCUGUCCUUAAAGGUAAGUCCAAUUUUUGUUUAUUUUCACGCGCAGAUGCCAUUGCCCAACAUCCCCGUUUUGGCAACUGCUCUAUAGAGAUAUUUCGACGGACAGCAAUCAGAUGGUUUCAUGGAUCACAGGACCGGUACGGAGGAAGAUCGACACGUCGGCGGAACAUUCGUCAGGUACAAACUUUCGGGAUUUUCAUCCACAUUUAUUUAGAUUACAGAAAUCACCAUACCUGCUGCCACAUGCCCACAAUAA